AAGAACAUGUUUAUUUCAGGAUUGGAAUGUGUUCAUGGAACGAUUGACAGAACUUGAAUUAUGUGCUCAACAUUCCGAAAUAGUAAUUAAUAAUAAAUUACCUUCGAUACAGACGACGACUGAUUUUUCACUCAUUCGAAAUGAUACAAAUCUCACUCAGCCAUUUGUGCUUCUUUCUUCAAAUGCAAAAACUGUUGAUCGUAGUAAGAGUAUGGGAGCCCUUUUACCCGAUAUUGCAGGCCAAUAUGAAAAUGAAGAUAUAACAGAUACUCCAGUAAAUAUCACUGUCUCGAUUUCUGUUCCUCUUCAUUUAAAUGUUAACUCAAAAAACUAUCCUGCUACAAUCUUAAAUAUGAUAGUCCAGGGACAUCAACUGGGAAUAUCAGGUAAAGCAGCUGAUGAACAACUAAAUGUUGCUGUAACUCUGCCCGAGAGGCACAAUUUGUCUCGUUGUGAAUCAGAACAAAAAUGUGAAACAUAUACUGAUGUUUGCCUGACUCUUCGAGGAUCUUCACGUUUAUUACCACAGACAAAAAAACCACCUUCUUGUCAGACAAAUAUUCAAUCACAUAUGAAUGAAGUCAGAGUAAGUUUAAAAGAAAAGAAUAAAGAUAAUUAUGGUUACUGGUGUAGAAAAGGUACCCUCAUUUCUCUGGGUUACACUCCUGAUUCAAAACUAACUGUAAUGCUGAGUUAUGUAAGUAUUUUUCUUAAAAAUCUGAUUUAAACUGAUAGUCUGUAAAAUUAUAAUAUAGGUAAUAACUAUAGUCUGUUAUUUUUGUUGUAUAUGAUAUAUUAUGCAUAAUGUCCAAAAUAAGAUAUAUUGGCAAACUAACACUUAAUUUAAUAAAUGAACAAGAGCCAAACAUAAGU